AGAGACGUCAAGCGGACCACUUGUAGGCAUAUAUUGUUAUUGUUACGAAUAAACAGAUUGACAAUUCCAAAUACUGAAUUUUUGCAACCUAUUCGAUAAUAUCGAAAUUGUACAGAUCCGUCGUGUAAUCGAAACUGUGGAAUAGGUCGAUUAAAUAACUUCAGGUCUGUGUCAAAAUACUGAAAAAAAGAGGCGUACACCCAGAAAUGGCGGAAUGUGUUGUUGUCAACUUCUCUAGUGAUUCUGUUAGAAUUAGGACUGAUGACUUAAGUAACAACGUAUCCGAAGAAAGUCAUAUUCAACCAGGGCGUUCUGUAUUUGGCAUAUACCACAUAAUUUGUCUCCUGUUGUCAAUAACGACAUUCGCGCUCGAUGUUGGUUUUGAUUCUUGGUUGGCAUACUUUUACUACCGUCAAGGACAAGGUGCCUAUUUCGCAUUGACGGUGACAUUUCUUAUUUUUCCUGCACUUAUUACAACGGCAUUUAGCCUGAGAUGGUACAUAAUUGAUGGUGAUGAACCUACUCUUUCAAAACCCCCACUUUGGAAAUGGGUUCUACGGAUCAUUAUGUUGUUGCUUCAGUUGGCACCAAUACUGAGGUACUGUGAUGCACUGGCUUAUGGCAUACAUAGUAUUACAGCUGGGAAGGCAGGAAAUAGGAUACGGCAACAGAAAAUGUACAGGAAGAUGUUGGAUGAAGAUUCAGAUGCAGCACUGCUCAGAUUAUUUCACUGCUUCCUGCAUGCUGCACCUCAGGCCAUCUUACAGCUCAUGAUUCUCAUCUUCCAUGCUAAUCGAUCAGAUGAAAGCUCUAUUCAGGCAAUCCAAGCCUGGGCAGUGAUAUGUUCACUAGUAUCAGUGGCAUGGUCACUUACAUCAUAUCACCGUUCAGUGAGAUAUGCCCGAGAUGACAAGGAAAAAUUAGAAUGGCAAGGAGCUGUCAUGCAGUUUUGCUGGCAUCUCAUGAGCACAGUGUCAAGAGUGCUGGCUCUCAGUCUAUUAGCAUCAUUAUUCCCAGCAUGGAUGGGCACAGUUUGUUUAUGCCAUUGGUGUGUGAUGUCAGCAUGGCUGGCACUGGCACAUCAACAUACUGCAGUUUGUGCUAGUCGAUGUGAAGAGUUAUUGUUCAGCUUGGUUCUUGGACUUGCCUACAUCUUGGCAUUCAUUGCACCUCGAGAUGGACCUACAAGAUACUCAUAUUUGGCCUAUUAUCUUGUGUUCUUCAUGGAAAACACUGGAGCUCUUGUUGUUUGGUGUGUAGCAAGCAGCUCAGCUCAGAAUCCAGUGCUGUACUAUGGUGCUGUGGUAGCUCAAGUAGUUGCCUUUCUUCUUGCUCUGGCAUUCAUGUUGCUGUAUUAUCGGUAUUUCCAUCCUAGUGGAACAUCAACUACUCUUAGCAAAAGCAUCUCUAUAACAGAUCCUGACAUGGAUCUAGCAAAACCAGGUCAGAGUAAACAAUUCUCUAGCCAACAGACACUUUAGCAUACAAUUUUUAAUCUAUUUGCCAAUAUUAUCUGCAGUGUAUGUCAAUAAAGGAAAGGGUGUCAGGGUAAUUUAUAAUGGUAGUUUAUCUUGAAUUGCUUAAUUGCUACCUUGUUUUAACCCUUUCAUUUUGAUGGACAGACCACUUCACAAGCUUACUGUGCAUUAUAGGUGGAAGUUUUCUGGCAGACUCUGAUUUUUUACUUUGAGAAAUUUUAUAAAAUGCAGAACUGUAUGAAACUAAUAUUGUAGAUAAAAAUGUAGUUUUAGAUGAAAUUAUAUAUAUUUAUAUGUGCAGUAAUGAAAUAUUUCAUUGAUGUACAAAUUCUAAAAUUUAAAAAGCAGGUGAAUACAGCAAAUGUACAUUUUUUAUGAGCAGCCUGAGAGUUAAGUGGCAUACCCAGUGAUACAGUGAAAUUUUCUUUGGAAAAUCAAGAAUCUAAGGUUUCUUAUACUGUGUUUGUGUUAAAACAUAAUUCAGCACCAUACAUCCAAUAUGUAUUCUGAUGAGUGUUAUCUGCAUACUGCAAGUUAGAAGUUAUAUACCUGUUAACAGCUUAUUACUGUAAACUAAUGUAUUUAAGAGCUGUGUAAAUAGUGUAUGGGACCAUGGACGUUCUUACUACCUCAAAUUUAAUAGGAAAUGAUACAUAGUUACAUUGUUAAGAUAAGAUUACAGAAAGAAUUGAAAGAUUAACCCUGUUAAUCAUGGACAUACAUAUACUAUGUAUCCUGAUGAACAUUUUACCUGUUGUGAGGGACAUCCUCAUUACAGUCUGUUUUAUGGUGCUCUAGUUUGUUCUUUAAUCAGUUGAAAGUUCAGACCAUUGAUUUUGCUCUUGGAUGUUGGGUACAAACAUGGUUUAAUCUGCAACACAUAAACAGUGAAAACAAAGGGCUAAUAUAUGAGAAGUGGGGCUCAAAAAUGUGCAUUACAAUGGCACAGUGCAACAAAUUAGAUUCUAUGCAUGUGAUUUUUUAUUUAUUGUUGCAAAUCAGCGUGCAUAUAGCAUAUUGCUUUCAUUGCUAUGUAAUUGAUUUUGCAAAUAUUCCCACCUUCACACAUUAUAGAAUUUCAUGUAUGAUGUAAUAUAAAGUAUUAACUAUGUAUUCGAAUGGAGUUGAGGUAGUGUGAUCCUUAU